AGUGGGCAGGGCCGGGAGGAGGGCGCGGUCUCCGCGCCCGCGGUCCGAGUGGCCCCCAGCAGCGCAGCCUCUGGCAACGUUUGGCUGGUGAUUUUGUGUCUUUGCUGCCUGCCAGAACUUCGUUCGCAAUUAAGGAGACGGGCCCCGCGGGGAAGGGGACUUGCCCGGGGUCGCACAGAGGGAAGGGUGCCGCUUGAAGCCACGCCUGGAACGGUCGGCGGGACGUAGGCCACAUGGCCGCGCCUCCGCAGCCACAGUGCGCGCACCGGAGCUGCCUGCCGUUCGGAGGCCCGGUGGGCAGCUUCUCGCACGUCGACCUCGCCCUGGCGGCGGAGGGCGGCCCGGCUCCUGGAGCCGCAAGCGUCCGUUCUGUUCGCGGACGGCCCGCCGGGACCGGUGGGUCCCCCGGGCCCGCCUGGGCUCGCCCGCUCCAGUCACUGCCUCUGCGGCCCCGGCACCGAAUGCAGGAGUUGCUCUGGGGUUUUGAGCUUGGGAUCGCAGGGGAUCUGUCGGUUGUUGGAAACUUAAACCGGAUAUAGAGGCCGUCACGAAGACUGUUGAGAGAGACACAGAAUAACGCUGCCUGAAAAAUUGCAGACAGAUUUCAUCGCCUCCAGAAGAAGCUCCGUUCCGUCCCCAUCAGCUGUCACCGCCCCCUUCCCAGCCCCCGGCCGCCACGAGCCCCCUUCCUGUCCGUGGAUGAGCACGUUGUGGAUAUUUCACAUCAACUGAGUUUCACCCCGUGUGGCGUCUCGUGUCUGGUUCCCUCCCCGAGUGUCGUGUGUUCGGGGUCUGUCCGCGGGGCGGCGGGUGUGGGCGCCUCGCUCCUGCUGUGGCCGAGGGACGUGCCCUCCUGUGUGUGGUGGACGCGUGUAUCUGUUUCCCCGUUGAUGGAUUUUUUUCAUUUAAAAAUCUUUACCGCUUAAUGAGAUAUACUUGACCUACAAAAACGCACGUCCUGAAAACAUACAACGGGGUAUUGGACGUGUGCGUGCGCACGGAAGCACCGUGGCGGUCAAGGUGCCCUCGAGCCUUCCUCCCGCCCUUCUGGACCCUCUCCCACCCCUCCCAGCCCCAGCAACCGCCCUUCUGUCAGUUCACCUGCAUCUUCUAGACUUUUCUAUGCAGUAUGUUCUCCUUGGUGCCUGGCUUCCCCCGUGCGACACGGUGACUUCCGAGUGCUCCAGCUUACCGUGUCUGUCACUGGCACGUUCCUUCUACCCCUGGUCGUGUUCCGUGGAAGGGUGGACCUGUGUUCACCCACUCACCUGGUCAAGGGCAUUUGGGUUGCUCCCGGUUUGGCCAGUUCCAGAUGUGGCUGAUGAACAGUCACGUCCGGGCCGGGAGGCACGGGUAGGCGUAACUGAUGUGCAACAUGACCUUAGCGCCGGGGGCACGACAGCGGAUUUUUCCGAAGCAGUCACACCUGUUGAGGCUCCUGCCAGAGACGUGUGAGUUCCUGCUGGAUUUGGGUAUUUUGCUGCUUUAAAAAGGACACCCACGCUGUUUGCCGUGGUCACGCUGGGUGGCUCGAGACGACAGACAGGAUUUCCGGGGUGGUGUCACGGGGCUGCCUCCAUCUGCCUCUUCCAGCCCCUGGGGGCUCCAGGUGCCCCUGGCUCACAGCUUCUCUCUUACGAGGAUGCUUGUCACUGAUGGGAGGCCCAUCCUGCCCCAAGAUCCUUAAUUACAUCUGCAAAAGCCCUUUUUCCAGACAAGGCCACGAUCUCAGGCUCCGGGGUUGGACGCGGGCAUCUCUUAAAGAGCCGUUGGCGUCACACCGUGGCGCGGGGUGGUCUCCGAGGACAACUAGCGGGGAGGGGCUGUCCCUGUCUUGGUGUGGCACGUGCUGUUCUGCCCUGGCCGGGGUGGGGGAGGGGGCAGCAGGACUGCUGGGGGUUCCGGUCAGGCCCGGGCCGAGCGCGGCCUCCCCAGAGCCGGGAAGGCCUGGGGCCGUCCGGGGCCGGGGCGAAGGCAUGCUGCGACUGUGCUCAGGACACCACUGCCGCUGCUAGGUCGUGGGCACAUCCGUGGCCCUGAGUCUCCUGUGGCUGCUCCCUGCCUCUGCAGCUCCUUCCGGCGGGUCAGACAGUGCUCCUCCCAGAAUGCCCACGGAGCUGGUCCUGGGGUGGGGGGGUGGUGCCUCACUGAACACUUCAUGGUUUCUAAUGUUUAUUUUUGAGAGAGAGGAGACAGAGACACAGAGCAUGAGCAGGAGGAGGGGCAGCGAGAGAGGGAGACACAGAACCCGAAGCAGGCUCCAGGCUCCGAGCUGUCAGCACAGAGCCCGGCACAGAGCCCAAACCCACGAACCGUGAGAUCGUGACCUGAGCCACUCAGACGCCCCCUUUAUCAUCUGUUUUUAAACACCUUUUUUGUACAAUUCAUACACCAUCCAACUUACACAACGUGCAUAAUCCAGUGGGCUUUGGUAUAUUACAUUAUUUUAAAAAUUAAUAGGCAGUAUCUCAGGGAGUGGCUUUUGCCCCCGUGAGCCAGGCCCAGGCCCAGACCCCCAGGAGCCCUUGUUACAAGUGCAGGUUUCCCGCCUGACCUGAGCUUUGGUUCCGGAACCGUCAUGCUGAGCACCUUUCCUGUCACUCUGUGGCUUUCCUUGUAAGAGGGGAAUUUGGACGCAGACACGUGCAGAGAGAGAGAAGCCACGAGAAGAUGGAGGGAGUGGUGUGGCCACAAGCUGAGGGCCACCUGGACCACCAGAAGCUGGACGAGAGGGAGGGCAGGCAGCCCCUCAGCACCUUGUCCUGGGACUUCGCUUCCAGAAUGAGAAUAAAUUCUUGGAGGUUUAGGCCACAUCCGUGUGUGUGUGUGUGUGUGUGUGUGUGUGUGUGUGUGUGUGUGUGUGUCACGGCUGCCCCUGGAGGCUCGCACGCCCAGGGCCGCAGCCCCUGUCCCCAGACCCCCAGCGUGGCCACCUGCUAUGGGACCCUCCCCUGUUGGUCUGUAGGCGCAGCAGCUGAGAGCCUUGGGGCAGCCAGCAUUGUCAUAAAAUGUCAUUUAUUGCUACAGUGCUGUUAUGUACAGGACAGCUCUCCAGGUCAGCUUCAGGGAGGAUUGCUUAAAAACAUCCCAAGGAAUCCAGCCAGCUGUGGUGACAUCUGGAUAAAAUCAUUUUUCUUAAAGAGCUUUUUUUUUUUUUUUUUUUUGAAAACCAGUUACCUUGAGGCACUCAGCACACUUCCCCGGAAUCGUGGGUCUCCCCUCCCUCCCCCAAGGCUGCUUACAUGGAAUACAAAGUCGGGUAGUGGGGGGGGGGGGGGCAGAAGCUCCUGGGCCCCCACCCAUGAAACCAGAAGUAGAGUAGGAGGGGAACUGAGGCAGGCUCCCCAAAAGACACACGAGACCCACACAGAGGGGGGCGUCAGCAAGGAGAGUCCCUCUCGAGCCCUCGGCUCCUCACAGACCCCUGGCCAGUCUCCAUCAGUCUUGGGUGGGGAACCGCCCAGCGGGAGGCCCCAGGGGACCUCGGGAUGGGAGGCAGCUCUGGAUGUCCUGCCUGGUGCUUCCCUUGCAGGCGCCCAGCUCCCUAGCCUCGGGGAGUCCCAGGGCUCCGGGAGUGCGUCAGGCUGGUGUGCUGCGGUGAACCCCGGGGUCCAUACGACCCGUGUGGGUGUGGGGGUACAGGGAGGAGCCCAGCAGGCCUGAUCCGCACCCAGAGAUCAGACGGAGGGGCCAAUGGUCCUGGCUUCCCUGGGGCUGCAGCGACUCCAAGGACGAGGGCUUUUCACUAUAAGCCCCGGACGGUCCUGGGCAAGCUGGGAGGCGCUGGUCUGCUGGGUGACACGUGAGACCAGAGUGGGGACUCAGGGAGACCUGGGACCUGGGCCUGGGAUAGGGCCACCAAGGGCCGAAGGGGCCCACCCUCCUGGUCUUAUAGGUGAGCAGGUGCAAAGCCUGAGUGCUUUUUAGGGUCUGGGGACAGUCACCUGGUGGGUGAGGGCUUCUGAGCCAGCCCUGAGUGGUAUGCAGGCCAGGUCCCCAGGUCAAAGGAACCGAGGACAGGGUCUCGGGGGGCCCUUGUAGCACCGGGCUCAGCGGUAUGGUCCCUGUGCCCAGAACACUGGUCCCAACAAAAUCCAAGUCGGGGAGGCCUGCAGACUGGGAGGGCAGCUUGUGGGGUCCCGGGGAGGGACACGGGGGCCCGCAGGCCGUGGGGAAGCGCCUGGGGACCAAGCUGCUUUCAGGGGCUCCUAGGCAGUCCUCACGGGAGGAUCACUGCCUCCCUGCAGACACCACCCCCCUUCCAGAGGGAGGGGAGAGGCCCGCCCACCACUUCACAGUCUCGCCAAACCAAGGGAACCACCUAGACUCUUAAACACCAGCUGGGAGAGCAGCAGCUGGGAGACACUUUGUGCCCGACAGCUCCCGGGGUUUGGGGGGGCGGGGGGACCUCAGGUUUACAGUGGUCUUUUCAAUACACUUUUAAUAAUCUGUUGAUCGUGAAAUGCAACGCUCAGCUCUAGAAUCAGCAGCAGAAAUAGCAAGAGACAUGAGACUUUUAUACAAAAAAUUUGUUGCUUACAAAACAUAUGCAAAAAAGCUUAAAAAAAAAAGAUCAAAGGCAUCCUUGUUGCUAAUUUCCUAAUACAUUAAAAAAAAAAAAAAUCUCCUAACUAACGUCCUUUGUUUUCCUUAAGAAAA